GGCACACAAGGGGAUAGAUUUUUAUGGAGAGUGGCUUCUGGGAACUGCUCACAGAGAAGAAAGCUACCUCAGGGCAGAACCAGGGGCACAGAAAGAGCCAGGACUAUCUGAAGCUGCUUACAAGUAUUGGCAGAAUGAAGGUGACUGUGGUACACACGUUGUUUAUGGUGUUGCUGUUGCUGCUAGGCCUGGGGCUGGGCCUGGGCCUCGGCCUUCACAUGGCUGCUGCGGUCUUGGAUCCACCACUGAGUGAGUUCUGGCCUGGUGGCUCUGAGGGCACAGCUGAGGCCACUGAAGAGGGAGAAGGCACAAGGACCACAGAAGCCCUGGUGCUGGGCUACAAAGAAAUGGCACAGCCUGUCUGGCCAGAAGAGGCUGUCCUCGGGGGAGAUGAGGUCGGAGGAAGCAGAACGCUGUCUCAGAGCUACCUCAGGUUUGACCUGAGCCCCAGGGACUGUAACACCAUGAUGGCCCCCAAGAUGAAGGAGCAUAACCGCAGCUGCAUAAACCAAUACACAUUCAUCCAUGAAGAGCCAAGCACAGUCAGGGCAGUCUGCGACAGCCCUGUGGUUACCUGUAACCUCAAGGGACUCAAAUGUCACAAAAGCCCCCGUCCUUUCGAUCUGACAUUGUGUAAGUUGGCCAAACCAGGCCAAGUCACGCCCAACUGCCAUUAUCUGAGUUAUAUCAUGGAAAAGGUCAUUAUCAUAACAUGCAAUGACACGAAGCUGCUGGAGCUUAACUGAGGGCUCACGCCUUUCCCUUCCCUUUGCAUUCCCCUUUGCUGACGCUUCUGCCCCCACUUGGGUGCGCUGUAGAGAAGUCCUGGGAAGAGAGGAUGAACCACUAUGAUCUUUGUCUUCUGAAAAUAUAAUUAUUCUCCGUGUUAGGGGUCGUCCAACUGGCAUUUUGUUCUGGGGGUCAGAAAUGGCAACACAAUGACUAGUUUCUCCGAGAUGUCUCUCACCUUCCACCCUGCCCUAGAAAGGCCGAGCAGUAGAUAGACCCUCCCUUAGCCGUGGUCAGCAGCCUGAUCCCCGGACUGAGUAAAACCCGGGUAUGACUAGUUUCUCCGAGAUGUCUCUCACCUUCAACC